CGGAACAGACACAAGCGGCGAAACAUGGCGGCAGACAUGGCGGACCAAAACAAGACAGCUGCCGAAGCGAACGUGUACAGUGAAGUGUUAAGUCCGUCUGAGCUGUUUGCGGCCCGGUCAAGGAGUCACAAGAUCCCGGUGAGAGGACAGAAGGACUUCUUCCCCAAUGAGUCCGAGCAGCAGCGGCAGCGCCUGGAGCAGAGCCUGACUGAGCACUGGAGCCUCAUCUCAGAGGAGCGAGUGGAGAGGCUAGGCAACCUGGUGAGGGGCUUAUGGAUCCCCAGCGACCAGACCGUGGAGCUUCAGUCUCCAGCAGGAAAGUUUUGGCAGACUAUGGGUUUCUCUGCCAACGGCAAGCAGUGCCUCCUCCCUGAAGAGGCUCUCUACCUGAUGGAGUGUGGGAACCUGCAGGUGUUUCACGAUGAUCUACCGCUUUCCAUCCAGGACGGCUACGAGCGCUUUCUGUCCUCGCAGACGGUGACGCUGCAGCAGUAUCAGGUGUUUGGGCAUUUGAAGAGACUUGGCUACGUGGUGAACCGAUUCGAUCCCAGCUCAGUGCAGUCUGCGUACGAGAGGCAGCUGAACCUGCCCCCGUCGCGGGACCGAGCGGGACGGCAGCUGAAGAGGAAGCGCACCCCCAGCCCCGGCCCAAGCCCCGCCUCCACGUCAAGUAAGGCAGAAGCUCGGGAAGAAUCCGCCUCAGGGAGGAUGGAGGAGGAUAAGCUCAGUCUUGAAGGUGAAGAGGAGGCUGAUAAGGCUGAUUGUCCCGUCGACCCUCCGGCCCGUCCAGAGGCGUCACAGGCCCAGAUGGACACUACAGACUCAGCAGGCGGGGGUCCAGUCAGGAAAUGGUGGACGGGUGACGUUCCCCCGGAGCCGGGUCACGAGCCGGACCCGCUCCCCACCGCUGCUUCACCUCGCUGGGACUUCUGCUCCAUCUCCUUCCCAGACCUGGGCUCCAGGGAGAGCAGACACAGCAGCCUGGCCUCCCCGGACUCGUCCCUGCUGCCUGGUGAUCUGUCCGUGGGCGUCUGCGACAUCGCCCCCUGGCUGGGGAAGCUAAACCUGCGGAAGGUGCACAUGUCUGCGCGUGAGAAGGACAGGGAGCAUGACAGACGGAGGAGGCAGUGGGACGUCAACAAAGACAAACAGGUGCGGCGGUGCAGGAACUGGGCGGAGUAUCGGGAGCUCCAGGCGAGGAGGAGACAGAGAGACAGACCGCCGCACUUGUGGGAAAGCGAAGUCACCCCCCUGCAUGACCCAAAACAACCCAUCUCCACCAAGGAACUGCAGGACAAAAUCAGUGUGAUCAAAUCCUCUCGUUUGCAAGAUGACGCGUCCAGGUUGAAAAGCUCAGACGAGUGGAGGAUUUGUUUCAAUGUUUACCAACCUGAUACGGUGGCUGACUUCAAGAAGAGCAACCCGGGGAAACCUUAUUCCCGCAUGUGUGUUUGCAGUUUCGACGGUCCCGUUCCCGACCUGCACGCCGUCAAGCUUCUGGCCUCCCAGAGCGGGGACGUCCCGGUGGUUUGUGCUGUGGUGGACCACGGAGACAUCUCCUUCUACACCUUCAAAGACUUCCAGCUGCCCACCGACGUUUACGACUGACCGCUCCUUAACCGUCACCUCAGGACACACACGCCGACAUGCAACUUGAACAUUUAAAUAAACCAAAUCUGCCUUCGUUGCAUCAGGCUGGCGAGUUUUCACCCCCAAAGGAAGUUCGGGCUGGAAAGUGACUUUUGACAGCCAGAAAUCUCAGCAUUUAUGUUAUGAUCAUUUUACGAGAAAUGUCACUUGUGCAUUUAAAUGGAAAAAGCGCCUCUGAGUUGCAUCAUAACCAAUACAAAAGCUCUGGCCUGAGCACUCAAUUUGUCACUGAGUCCGAUCAUUUAGACUAGAAAUGGAAAGUGAGCAAGCGAUACAAGAUCCUCUUGUAUCAGGUCACGCAGAGCAUCAGACAUAUUUGUGAUUCACCGUAAGAGUACCUGGAUCCUCAGGAUGAUCAUGCAUAAUUUACAUCCUAUCUGCUGCUAAAGUGCACAUGUCAGUUUGUGAAAUGUCAGCAAUAAUCACCAGGAAAAUCAUACCUGUUCUUUUCCUUCUUGUUUUUACAAAAGGAGCUGAGGCUUUCUGUGAUAUAUAUAUAUAUAUAUAUAUAUUGACAGCUGGUAUAACAAGAGUGUCACUCGUCUCUGGUAAAUCAUGGUUUUUCCAAAUCAGGUGCCAAAUCAGUGCUUUGAAACGUGCAGGUGAAACAUUGCCUCAUGCUCUGUCAUGUACACCUCUUUUAUUCUGUAAUAAUAAAAGGCACAAGAAAUCAUUU